AUGAAAGGGGAACGAAUCAAGAAAAUAUAUAACAGAAUCUCUCUUUCUCUUCGCGUGCUUGGUGAAAACUACAGGUAUGGGAAAGUGUUCAGAACACAUAUCUUGGGGAAACCCAUAAUAGUGUCAACCGACCCAGACGUGAACAAAGUGGUUUUGCAGAACCAUGGCAGCGUUUUCAUACCUUGCUAUCCCAAAUCAAUCACAGAGUUACUCGGAAAAUCUUCAAUUCUUCAAAUGAAUGGAAAUCUGCAGAAGAGAGUGCAUGCACUUAUCGGAGGCUUCUUGAGAUUUCCACAACUCAAAGCCCGUAUUACUCGGGACAUUGACAACUCAGUCAAACUCUCAUUGUCAACCUGGAAGGACAAAGACCACCGCCCAAUAAUUUACCUCCAAGAAGAAACCAAAAAGAUCACUUUCGAAGUUCUGGUCACAGUGUUGAUGAGCGUUGGCCCUGGUGAAGAUAUGAACUUCCUCCAAGAAGAAUUUGAAGAAUUCAUCAAAGGGUUGAUCUGUUUACCCAUUAAGCUUCCGGGAACAAGACUAUAUAAAUCUCUGAGGGCCAAAGAAAGAUUGUUAAAGAUGGUUAAAAGGAUUGUGGAGGAGAGGAGAAUGGCCAUGGACAAGACAGAAGCGAAGGGUUUCCCAAAUGACGCGAUUGAUGUGCUGUUACGCGACACAGGUGAAUCAAAUGAGACCCAGCAACGUCUACCGUUGGAUUUCAUCAGUGGGAAUAUCGUAGAGAUGAUGAUCCCAGGAGAGGGCUCCGUGCCCAUGGUCAUGACCCUAGCUGUCAAAUUUCUCAGUGACAGCCCCGUCGCUCUAGCUCAUUUAGUGAAGGAAAACAUGGAGCUGAAAAGGGUGAAGGCUCAUUCUGGAGAUGAGUAUGCUUGGACAGAUUACACCUCUUUGUCAUUUACUCAAAAUGUGAUCAGUGAGACUCUUAGAAUGGCAAAUAUCAUCAAUGCAGUUUGGAGAAAAGCACUCAAGGAUGUAGAAAUCAAAGGUUAUUUGAUACCAAAAGGAUGGUGUGUCUUGGCAUCCUUCAGUUCUGUUCACAUGGAUGAAGAAAACUAUGAAAACCCAUAUGAGUUUGAUCCAUGGAGAUGGGAGAAAACAGGAGCUACUGUAAACAGUAGUACCUUUACACCAUUUGGUGGUGGACAGAGGCUGUGUCCUGGUUUGGAACUCUCAAGGCUAGAAAUCUCAAUCUUCCUUCAUCAUCUUGUUACAACGUACAGAUGGGUGGCCGAGGAAGAUGAAAUUAUCCAUUUUCCGACAGUCAAGAUGAAGCGGAAGCUGCCCAUAUCCAUCACGCCCAUAGACCACUGAGUUCUCUUUAUUUCUGCUACAGUCAUAUGAAUCAUAUCAUACCAACAUCGCGUAAAAUGACUCUAUAUCAUAUCAUACCUGUGUACUUGUUAAAUGUUAGCUGUCCUUUGAGAUUGUAGGCAACUACGAAUGUGCACUUUAGAUUUAUUUCGGAAGGUUCAACUUAAUUAAUUGUUCUUGUCCAAGUUUCGAAACAAUUUGUCUGGCAG